AAUCCCAGAGCGCAGCGGGAGUUAGGGUCGCGGCGCGUGCGUAGAAUGGGGUCCGCUAAAGCCGCGGGUCGGUUUGAAGCGGGGGAGGAGCUCCAUGGAAACGGGGCCGCGAAGUGUCAGCGAGCGGGGUAGCCGCUGGACGCGGGGCAGCGAUGGCCAGGCCGCCCAUCGCCCCCAUGAGCGUCAGGGCCACAGCGCCCGAAGCCUUCGCCGUGCUCCGCCAGAGGAUGAGCGUCGUUGAGGAGCAGACCAGCGCGCUGGCGAGAGACCUAGAGAUGCUGGGUGUGAACGGACAGAGCCUUGAUCUCUUCCAUUCCAAGCCCUUAGAGACACCUGGGAGCCCCCAGCCUGUUAGCCCGGUUCGGGCCAGGGUAGCCUUUGCAGGUGAAAGUGACAUGCUGUGGAAGAACUGUGAAUCGCUCGUGAAUCGAAUGUGCCGGUUGGAGAGUGUUGUGCAGACCUUGAAGCUAAACCUCUUCCGGCUGCAGACUGAAAAGGAGCUGAAUCCCAAGCAUGCAGCGCAUCUGGAACAGCGUAUGAAUGCAAUGCAGGAGGAACACUUGCAGGAACUGAAGGUUGUGCAGCUAGAGGCAAUGAAGUUGCGCCAACAGCUAAGUGAGGCAAAAGAGGAUGUAGAAAAGGCACAGGAAGAAGUUCAAAGAUUAAGUGCUGCUUUGGAAAUUGCCACAGCAACUAAGACAGAUGUAGCCAUUGCAGCAGAGGAGCUGAGAACAACAAAACACAUAAUGAACCAUAGACUUCAGGAGCUAAGGGAGCAGCUUUUCCAGGAGGCAAGCCUGCGGGAGUCUUUGGAGGAAUCCCAAGCAACCAUGCUGCAACGUGUGCAGGAUAUGGAGAUAACAGUGGAGGCAGAACGGGAACAGGUACAGGUGCUGCAGCAGGACUGCCAUGGCCUGCGCAAGGAUGUCCAGCUUGCCCGAGAGAGGUUACAGAAGGAGGAGGAGAGAACUGUACAGCUGGGGCAGGAAUGUACACAGCUGAAAGCUGACCUGGAUUCCAGAAACUGCAUCAUUUCCCAGCUCAGUGAAGAAGCAAAAAAUGCACAGCUGUCUUUCAGCAAAGAACACGAGGAAAAUGUGCAGCUGCGAUCUGAAAUAACAGCUCUGCGAGAGACAGCAGAAAAAGUACAGGCCAUUAAUGACCAGUUGAACCAACAGUGCUCAGAACUGAGUGCUACGCUUCGAAGAGUUUCCAUGGAGAAUGCUAAACUCAUUUCAGAUCAUCAGGCCAUGCUUAAGGCAGAACAGGAGAGGAUGACUCAGAAACUGCUGGAACAAGACUUGCUGCUGGAUGCUGCCCGUGCCAACAUUAUAGGAGAGCUGCAAAGCAUGCGGAACGAAAAAGUCCAACUUCAAAAAGAGCUGGAGGCCUUGCACACAGAGCAUUCUGGCUGCAGACAAAAAGCAUGCCUAGCUGAGCAGAUGACAACCACACAGAAGGUGCUCCUGGAGUCUACUAUUGCUAGACUACGAGGUGAACUGGAGACAGCACUGAAGGAGAGAGGAUCUCUACUGUUGGAGAAGGAGAGUCUUCAGCAAGAAAUGAAGAAAGCAGCAAGUGACAUAACACAGGAGAGGAACAAAUUGGAAGUGGAACUAACUGGGAACAAGCUAGAAAUGGGUGCUAUGAGAUCCACACUGCAGAAUCUGGAGAAGGAGAACAAGAGGCUAAUGGAUCGCUUGGCAGCACUGGAACACCAGCAGUAUGCUCAACAGCAGGUCGAACAGGUUCUAGCAGAGCUGACUGACAGUAAAAAUAAACUGGCCUACGACAAAGGAAAGCUUCAGACCAAAGUACAGCAGCUGGGGGAAGAACUGCAAUCUCUUGCAGAUGCACAUUCAGAGAACAGCCACCUUCGCAAGCUGAAUACAGCCUUAGAGACUAAAUAUACUCAGGUGAAUAUAGAACUUGGCUCUGUCAAGAUUAACAUGCAAAGGAUGGAAGCUCAGCUGAAGCAGGCACAGACCACCCUUGAACACAAAGAAGAAGAAUUUUCUAUGGCAAUCAAGUCCCGUGAUGAGGCAUUGCGAGAGAGUCAGAAAAUUAAGGGGCACAUGGAAGCCAUGGAAGAGAGGGAGAAGCAAAAGGUGGCAAACUUACAGCGCCAGCUACAGGAGGCAAAGGAGGAUAACGACAAGGUGACAUCUGUCCUGGAGAAUGUGCUGGCUUCUCACAGCAGGAUGCAGGCAGCUCUGGAGAAGGUGCAAACUGAGCUGGGACGCAAGGAUUCUGAGAUCACAGGGCUCAGAAAAGACAGGACCCAGAGCCAACAAAAAAUCCAGAAAUUAGAGGCAGAAUUGGAACAGCACCAGGCCAAAAUGGUUGUCAUAGAAACUCAGCACAAUAGUCAGGUGGACCCACUUUGUAAAGCACUAGAAGUUGCUAGAGCAGACAACAAGAAGCUUGCUUUGAGUUUGGAACAAGCUCUGCAGGCCAAUAGUACCCUGCAGAGCAAGCUGAUACAUACUCAGGAAGAAAUAAACAGGAAAGAAAUUGAGCAUCAGCAGUUGAUGGCCUGCAGGGAGCAGCUAAUUGAAGAAGCCACAAUGGAAGAAAAGCUGUAUACCGAACGCUUGGAGUCCUUGAAGAAGCAGUUUCAGACCGAGCGAGAGGCUACAAGGAAAGCAGGUCACAGGGAAUCUGCUGAGCUGAAGAAAGCCCUGGAAGAGGCUUCUUCCAAAUCUGCUGAAGUGUCCCGGGCUAACAGGGAGCUGCGGCAGAAAAUAAUGGAGUUGGAAAAGUCCCUGGUCAGUUACAGGGGGAAGCUAAAGAGCCAAAGAGCUCAAAUCAGACACUACUUGGCCUCCAAAACUAACAACAUCCAGAACACAGAGAGGAUAAAGGAGAUUGAAUCUGAGCUGAGGCAAAUGGAGCUGAUCAAGGAGCAGUAUCAGAAAAAAAACUAUGAGCAGUCACAGAGCAUCCAGAAAUUCGUGACAGAGUUAACAAGUCUUCAGAGUGAGAUGCAGACCUUGGCCAAAAACCAGCAUGAAGUGGCAACACGGAACAGGCAGCUGGAGGCCCAGCUGGAAAUGGAGCAGAAAGUGCGGCGGCAGCUAGAGAACCAAUGUCAGAAGCUAGAUGAUACAGUCAAACACUUGAAGAAAUGCAAAGAGGAAACUGAGCAGAAACUGAAAGAAGCCAGUGUAGAAUCGGAACAGAUCACAGCUAACCUGGAGGAAGCUCACCACUGGUUCAAAUCUAAAUUUGACAGCCUGCAGCUAGAGCUAGUGAAAAACAAACAGCAGAAUAUCCCCAGUGAAAGGAACUAUGGCAAGGAGAUGGAGAAGGAAAAGGCCAUGAAACUCCCUAGCCAAGCCUCCCUGAAUCGCUGGGAGACUAAGCAGCAGCUCAAACUCAUCUCCAGGAAGUACCAAUCUGAGCUAGACAGGAAGUGAUGUCAUCUAACCCAGGAGCUUCCAGGCUGCCAUCCCACCCUGCACUUGUGAACACCACAGUUCAGACCAGAUCUUCACAUGCUGGAAGAUGAGCCCUAAGGUUGAAGUAUCUUGAUCUAUAAGCAUCUGCAUAUUUCAGAAGAUUUUUGAGUGGGUGUAAGCAGAGGUCCUGUAUGAACUUAUGAACAGGGUCUGCUCUGAUUCAGUGAGGAAGAUCCUUCAAAUAAAAUGCACAUUGACUGGCUGGCUGAUGGGAGACCAGUGCAGACAGGUUUUGGAAUAUUAAUUUAAAUUGUGUGCUCCAGUUCAGCUUAGCUAAUAAGUCUCACCUGUCUGACACAUACUGGAAUGUAUUAUUUUGUGAGGUAGCUUUCCAUUUCCCCCACCCUAACAUGGCCUUUGAGUGGGACUAGUUUGCUUAAACACUUUAUCAUGGAACUCAGAUCAGCAAAACCAUAAUUUAUAGCAAAGAAAUUAUUCCUAUCUCUAAAGCUUCCUAUACAAGUAAGUUUAUGUUCUGGAUCUUUGUCUCCAGUCACAUCUCUCAUUUGUGUUUUAGCAGCUCAAGAGGAGGGGAGUGGGUUGGAAUGAGCCCUGCAAAGUGAGGAGACAUCGUUAUUAUUGAGAGCUCAGAUUGUUGUGUAAGGAUUCUGCCUAUCCAGGGGAUGGUCUUUUGGAUUCCUAGGUUGGUGAUGGUAAACUUGCUGAAAGAGGGCAGUUGUCCACUGUUGGAUACUGAUGGUUACCUGACCAGUACAGGGAGGAUCCCUUCUUAGCUGAUGGGAACAGCUACCAUUAGUAGCAGUAAAAGGAGCCCUGGGUCUGGGCACUGAGAGGAGGACAGUGCCCUUGAGCAAUUGCAGGAUCCCUGUCUUUGCCCAAGGCUCCAUUGCUGGAAGGUGCUCCAUGUGGGUGUGAGAGGCUGCCAGGCAGAACACCUUGCACCAUUGGUACCCAUGUGAUUAAUAGAGUUGAUUAAUUCUGCACCACCUUGGAACAAGUUACCCAAAGGGCAGGUGGUGUCCAGAGCAGGUGCUAUACACUCGUAGUUGCAGUGGGUUAAGACUUUAACUACCAUUCCCUUAUGAUAUAGAAAUGAACAAUUUUCAUCCACUGUUCAAUUAAUGAGCACUUAUGAGUAGCUCAGAUUCCCUCCUUAAAACUCAGUCUGUCUUGGCUUACGGUGUAACCCAGCUACAUCAGAUGUGCUGUUACACACCUAAUUUUAAUAAUUACAGUGCUGUUUCCUAAGCUUCCUCCAGUUGUCUGAUCCAUUUGUUUUUGUGGGGCUAGUUUGAAGCUCUGUGGGGCAAAGGCUAUGCCUUCUUCCUCUGUGGUGUGUACAGAGCCAAGCAUAUUGCUGGGACUUGGCAAAUAACAAUCAUUCCACCCAUUUUAUAUACCUACAUUUGUCAUAUAAACUUAAUUAUGCUACAACAGCCUGGACCAUUAUUUUAGGACCUGGUCCUGCCCCUAUUGCUGUCAAAUGGGUAUUUUGCCAUUGACAUCAGUGAAAACAGGAUCAGACCCUUAGUGAUUAAGCACCCGAUUGGAAGCCCAUUAAAACUAAUAGGUAUCUUUUCAUUAACUUCAGUAGCCUUUGGCUCAGAUCCUGUUAUGUUGCUGAAAUUCCUAAGCAGCAGAAGUCUUCAAUACAACCUUAUGUUCCUCCUCCCAAUCUACCACUGGCGAGCUGAGUUUCUGCACACCACAUCACUUCUGAGUGGUGGGGUUAAAAUGAGCUUAUGUGUAGGAUUCUGUGCUAUAGCCCUGUUCUCCUCUCGGGUCAGUAUCAGUAGUGUAGUCUAACUCUGCCAACAUUAGCACCUCGCUGUAGGCAUAGCCUGAAACCAACCUAGCGUGGCACUGGCUGCCUUAUUUCACACUUCAUCUAUUUGAUCUCGUUAAGCUAUGUGGCUGUUAAUGACAAAACACACUGCCCUUCAUCUAAAAAGAGAUGCUAUGAGGUAUGGUCCAGUGAGGGAAGACAGCUCCAACUGCUACCAUCCAGUUUCCUUUAGUAGUUGUUGCUACCAAGGAGCCAUUGUUUUAGUGAUUAGUGGGUAGGGAUUCUUUCUUUCAUCAGGCCCUCUUUUCACAGAUACAGGCCACUGGAGUGCUGUGUGUAUAACUGCUGUGUAUAGAUAUCUGCUGACUUUGUAUUUAAAUAGUCAUUAAAUCUGCUUUAAUUAAUACUUAAAUAUUUGCAGUUUGUCAUUCUAAUCCAUGGUACAUGAAACCUAUUAUUUCUUUUAAACAAGUACCCAAUAAGCACUUGUCCUGAGGUGUUUAGGACUGAGUGUGGUGAGACUUAGACGCAGUCUAAGCAUAGAGUAAUACGCUGCUGUAGUGCUUUUCAUCCUAACCACUAGCCUACUACAGUAAAGCCCAGAGGAUGGGGAAAUGCCUUGAUGUUCACUGAAUAGUUUUUGCUGAAUACUCCCUUCAGCAUGGCGGGAGGAGCAGCAUGAUAGGAAGGCAGGAUACCACAGCCUAUCAUAACUACAUAGUAAAUUGAUAAAGGCAGAAUACAAUUACCUUAAUUUUACAGGAACAGUAUGGUUAAUGCUGUUCUUACAGACAGCACCCUGGGCUUGGGCAGGAACUCCGUUUUGUGCCUGAAGCAGGGGACGGGUGCUCCUAGUACCAUGCUGGGGCACUGACACUGAAGGAAGAAUAGCACCUCCAGAGUCACCAACCAGCCUUUCCUGCAGGGCACAGCUAUUCCCUGCCACCCUGCACUGACCUGCCACUGCCUUCUGAGCCCUAUAGAAUUAGAGCAAAGAUAGCUAGGACUGCACUUCUGAGAGGUUCUGGGCUGGGUGGUCUCCAUAGUUCUGAAGGAGGAGAGGGGAAAAAAACAGCUUUUUUCUAAUUAGAUACUGUCUCACAGUACACAGUUAUGGGUUGGACUUCCCCCGCACUCAAUGAAGGUAGGAGCACACAUGCUGUUGAAAGCCAUGGGAUGUGUUCUUUUAACUCAGUUUUAUGGCAUGGGAUUUCCAAAAGCACCCAACUCUUUCUAAAAAUUGUCAAAUGGGACAAUACGACAGCGGAGAUCACUUUAUUUUCCCCACUAUUGGAGUUGUGGUUUUAAAUUCAUUGUAGUAGUUAGAGUUAAAUUCAGACCUUAACUUUUCCACCACCUGCUGAAUAUUGGUAGGAGUAGAUGUACAGUGGAGUCACAUCUUACGCGGGGGUUAGGUUCUAAAGUCAGCACGUAAAGCUAAAAUUGCGUAUCGUCAAAAUUACCCUUGAAAAUCCCUUAAAUCGCCCAUAAAGUACAGUAUACUGUACAUGGUUUUGUGUAUACAACCCUGUACAGUAAUAUGUAUAAAUGUAUACACUAAUGUACAGUAUAAAGAGUACAUAUGCAAAAUAUAAUUUUACAGUAAUGUAUUUUUAAUUACAGGGGGGUAAUUACAGGGGGUUGACGGCUUGAUGUCGAUCCAGGAGGAUGGAUGUGAUGGAGAGCGAGUCGUAGACGAAGUGGUUGGCUCUGGUUCAGCUCAAGAAGUUGAUUGCGUAGGCUCAUCUGCUGCUGGUUGUUUUUCCUUUAAAAACAUGGUGAUCGGCAACUGUCGCUGUUGUCUCUUGAGCUGCUCAAACAUUUCUUGGUAUGGUCUCAAAUCAUCCAUAAUACUACGUGUGAUUUUGAGGCUUCGUUCCAUAGAGGGAUCGUAUUCAGAAAUUAAAUCAUUCUUCAUUGGCAGAUGUAGUUUCACCAGUAGUCUCCACAUUUUUGAGGUUGAAGCGGUUCCUAAAACUGUUAAGCCAACCUUGGCUGGUUUUGAAUUCCUUCUCAUCAGAAGGCUGUCCCUCUUCAGCAGGAGGUUUGAACAGCGUGUAGAGGCUAAGAGCCUUUUCUCGCAACGUGUUGCCAUCGAUAAACACACGUUUACAGUUCACGUCUUCCAGCCAUUAGUUUAAUGCCUUUUCAGUCUUCACUAAAGUCUUAACACGCACCAAGCUCAUCACCUUAGCAGUUAUUGGAGCACUUGAUGCCACAGCUUGAAGAAUUUCUCUCUCUCGAAUCUAGAUGGCACAGAUGCUAGAUUUGUUGCGGCCAUAUUUACGCGCCACGUUGGAGACCAACAUACCAUCUCUCAAUAAGUCCAACACAGCCAGUUUUUCCUCCAGCGUUGCAACAGAUGGCUGUUUCUUCGGUUGAGCACCAGAUGAAGUAGUUGGCUUGAGUUUAGGGGCCAUGUUGUACGAAAAAUAUGUAUCUUUAAACACUAGAAUCACACUCAGCGUGGCGAGAUGCUCACACUACGAGAGGCAAGCAGGAACUGAGACCGACUGAGGGAACAGCAGAUUCAUGUCUCCCAUCUCACGCUCACUCCGGGGCAUAUGCUCAUUGAGUGGAAUGGUCGAUGGAAUCGCCCGCGCUAUUUACAGGAACAGAGAAUUUGGCAAGACCUUUGUUCCAGUUUUCUUCAAGAGCUGUAACGAGUGGCUGAGAUUUAAUGCAUGAGCCUGGUUAUACCACCAAACUGACUAAUGUGUUAUCUAAUAGAAUUCGCGUUACCACUAAACUUCAAUUAGUUGGGCCAGCUCGAAGUACUACACAUACCAAAAUUUAGUAUUGUAAUACUACAAAGACUUUUAAAACAAAUCUUACUGAAGAUAAGUUUCAGAGAUAAGACUAUCAUCAUCACUUCCAGCAUGACGUUAUUUCUCUGCAGGAUAAGAUCAACAUAUGACACCUGUAUAAUCGGAAUUAUCAUUCUUGAUUAGCGAAGCAAUAUACAGAAUUUGCAGCACCUCUCUCUCAAUAUUUAAUUAUUUAAUACAGGAAGAUAAUGGGCUGUAGGUUACGACACCUAACAAGUGUUUAGCCCACUACACAACUUAGGACUUUUUUUUGUUUUUGCUGAGAAUAAGUUAUUUAAAUGAUUGUUGAUUUUAUAAAUAAAGAUAUUUACUAGACCAA